AUGGGUCAAAGGCACGAACGAGUAAGAAACGAAUUGAAGUCGUAUUUAAUGUUACCCAAAUAUAAGUAUGACUUGUUCUGUGAUAUUUUGAAUUAUUUAUUGAUGAGGAAUUUGCCAUUCAUUUGCAAGAAAAGGCUGAUAUUGAAAGAAGCGGAAUGUUAUACAAUGGUAUACAAAGAAACAGGUCAUUUGUCACAGAGCAAAAAUAAGCCUGCGGAAGCCGGGCAAAGUAUUAAAGAAACACAUUGUUCAUCUCCAUCGUGUAGUAAUAAAAGUGACCACAACGAAGCAAGUGCUAGCAGUCCUUCCCCCGAAGGUUUUCAACAUAAUCGCAAUUCGAUGCAUUCUUCAAAAAAAAAAGAGAAACAUUCAAAAGAAACAUCAAAAAAACGUCGGAGAUCACGGUCGAGGUCAAGAUCUGUCACUCGGAGCUGGAAAAGGAGACGAUCUCCUUCACCGACAGUAAAUGGGAAAAUUAGAGAACAUGAACGUCGUUCAGAUCACAGAAAAAGUGAUGCUCGCCGAGAUCUGUUGCAAACAAAUAGGCGCAAUAAUCAAAAACGUCGUCGUAGCCCACAAAGAUCAUCAAGACGUUGUGAUAGACGAGAAGGACGUCGUAAGCGAACUAGGAGUCGUUCAUCUGUGUCUAGCACUUCUUCCUCAGACACAACAUCAUCAAGCAUGAAUGAGAUGCGCAUGAAAUCAUCUCUUUUGGGUGAGAUUAUGACAAGGCACCAUGAUAAACGAAUUGAUCGAACAGCUAAGGAAUGGAAAGAGAAGCGUCAUAGGCAUAGCCCAGAAUUAAAAAAACGUUCAUCACGGAAGCGUGUACCAUCAUCUUCAUCUUCAACUUCAUCUUCGGGUCUUCCAACUUCAACAUCUACGUUAGUGGUACCGCCUCCUCCUCCUCCACCUAUCCCUGUCAUUCCAGCUAGUGUUCCUCCACCUUCAGUGCCGUAUAUACCUCCUGUGCCAACUUUCAUACCACCACCACCAGCUCCGAUUGGUAUGGAUCCACAUGCUUAUCAAGUAGCAAUGGCAGCAUAUACUGCACAAUAUGGAUACGCUGGCCAAAUGGCUGCUUUUACUAUUCCACCACCUCCAUAUUCGCAACCUCCACCGAUACCACCUCCUCCGGUUGUACCGAAUCCAAUUAUACCCCCUCCUCCGCUUCCACCUGUGCCAGGAUCAAUGCCCUUACCACCUUGUCUACCAGUUGCAUCUCAGCCUCCUCCGCCUGCACCUCCCGCCACACCAAAUGCAAAUACACUGGCAUCUACAAAUACAGCUCGUCCAGCACAGCGCGAUACUGCUGUACCCCCUGUCGCACCUCCACCGGCUCCGCCACCUUUACCUCCUCAAUCAAAGCGGACGUUUAUACGACCUCUCGUGUUGAAUAAACGUUUGAAGUUACGAGAAGAUCCUGAAAAUUGGGGUUGUUCAACAGUAGAAAAAUAUGAAAUUAAGACUCAAGUUGGUGAAGGGACAUAUGGACAAGUUUACAAAGCGCGUGAUAAAGUCACUCAGGAGGUGGUUGCUUUAAAAAAGGUACGCUUGGAAAACGAAAAAGAAGGUUUUCCAAUCACAGCCGUUCGUGAAAUCAAAAUUCUUAGGCAGCUUAAUCAUCGGAAUGUCGUGAGAUUAAUCGAUAUUGUUACUGAUAAACGAACUGCUGCUGAUUUCAGGAAAGAUAAAGGUGCAUUUUAUUUGGUUUUUGAAUAUCUUGACCAUGAUCUUAUGGGCAUAUUGGAAAGUCAGUAUGUUGAAUUCUCGAACGAUCAAAUUUCAUCACUGAUGAAGCAACUUGUUUCUGGACUAGAAUAUUGUCAUUCAAUUGGCUUUCUUCAUCGCGACAUCAAGUGUUCAAAUAUUUUACUAAAUAACAAAGGGGAAUUGAAAUUAGCAGACUUCGGCUUAGCAAGAUUUUAUAAUGAAGAUCAGGAUCGUCCUUAUACUAAUCGUGUAAUCACACUCUGGUAUCGUCCGCCAGAACUUUUACUUGGGGAGGAACGAUAUACGACUGCUGUUGAUAUAUGGAGUGUUGGGUGUAUCCUUGGAGAAUUAUAUACAAAGAAACCAAUGUUUCAAGGAAAUACUGAAAUGGUUCAAUUAGAUGUGAUAUCAAAAUUGUGUGGCACACCGUCGCCUGAAAAUUGGCCGGAUGUCAUUAAAUUACCGCUAUAUUGUAGUUUUCGGCCCAAGCGUUCUUUUCCCAGAGUUUUACGUGACGCUUUUGGCUUCAUUCCUGAUAAGCCAUUGGAUUUGCUUGAUCGUAUGCUUGAACUCGAUCCUAAAAAACGUAUCACUUCGAAAGCUUCACUUAUGCAUCCUUGGUUGAAAGACGUUGAUCCAUCACAAAUAUGGCCACCAAAACUUCCAGAUUGGCAAGACUGUCAUGAGUUAUGGUCGAAAAAACAACGGAGGAAUCGAUCGGCUGGUAACAGCAUAACAGUACCACAGUCAUUACAGUCGCAUACACAUUUUGUGCAGCAGCAUCAUGCUACACUUCCUUCUCAUCAGUUGGAUUCUGGAGGGAACAUGAAAAGCACUCAUUCAUCGAUUGGGCGACUAAAUGUAUCCACUGAAAACAGUGCUUGUUCUGAACCUUCUUUAAAAAUGAAUCAAGGGAUUUUGGACCAUCUAAAAAUGAGAGUACCUCAUUAUUUAUUUGCUUCAGAUGUGGAUGCCGCAAUUAGAGCCAUUCAAGCAGACCCUAGCAAUAUAGAAGCAGCACGUGCGUUGUUGGCCAAUUUGAGUCCAACAGCAGCAGCAUCAGUUUUACAUCUUGUCAGUAAAAGCGGUGUCCUGCCACCUGCGGUGAUGUCGGCCUUGUCAGUAUCUGCUACAUGCACAACCCAAACACAUCCACGAGUGCAGAAUCAGCUGAGUGAAUUAUUAGGGCAACUUGCAUCAAUGGAACCGAAAGGUAGUGUAUCAGUUACUAUUCCUACUUCUACUUCAAACAAAUCAACAUAG